AUCCGGGACUCUGCUUCUCACUUGGUUUGUGGAAAAACCAGUAACCGACUUUGUCGUUUGUAAUCAACACAGACUGUUAGUUCCCAUCCGCCAUACAGAUUUUUCAUUUAACCGGUUGUUACCAUCUAAUUCUGCCCAUUCUCUCUUCUGAUAAUCAUGAGCUGGUGGUGGGCUGGUGCUAUUGGCGCUGCUAAGAAGAAAUUCGAUGAAGAUGAACCGCCAAGCAGCUUCCAGAGCGUGGGCCUCAUAGUGGGCGUGACCGGAAUCGUCGGCAACAGUCUCGCUGAGAUCUUGCCGCUAUCUGAUACGCCUGGUGGUCCAUGGAAGGUCUAUGGAGUAGCCCGACGGCCCAGGCCAAACUGGAACGCUGAUCACUUGGUGGAAUACAUUCAAUGCGACAUAUCCGACCCAGAAGAGACCCGAACCAAGCUCUCUCAACUCACUGAUGUCACCCAUGUCUUCUAUGUCUCGUGGAUCAACCGAUCAUCGGAAGCUGAGAAUUGCGCUGUCAACGGCGCCAUGUUCCGUAACGUUCUGGACGCUGUAAUCUCAAGCUCCCCUAAUCUCCGUCACAUCUGUCUCCAAACGGGCGGAAAGCACUAUAGGGGCCCUUUCGAGGCGUUCGGAAAGGUGGAGACUCAUGAUCCGCCGUUCACGGAGGAUUUGCCUAGGUUAGAUGUACCGAAUUUUUACUACACUCAGGAAGAUAUAUUGUUGGCAGCAGUGGAGAAAAAAGAGGACUUGACUUGGUCUGUUCAUCGACCUAGUGUAAUAUUUGGAUUUUCCCCUUUUAGCUUGAUGAAUAUUGUAGGCAGUCUAUGUGUAUACGCAGCCAUAUGUAAACACGAAGGGAUUCCAUUAAGAUUUCCUGGGACUAAAGCGGCUUGGGAGUGUUACUCGUUUGCAUCGGAUGCUGAUCUGAUUGCAGAGCAUCAAAUUUGGGCUGCAGUGGAUCCAUAUGCAAGAAACGAAGCAUUUAAUUGUAACAAUGGAGAUGUUUUUAAGUGGAAGCAUUUAUGGAAGGUGUUGGCGGAGCAGUUUGGGAUUGAGGAAUAUGGGUUUGAAGAGGGCGAGAGAGUGAAGUUGGAGGAAAUUAUGAAAGGUAAAGAAGCUGUGUGGGAGGAAAUAGUGAAUCAAAAUCAACUGCAGGAGACAAAAUUGGAUAUGGUUGGUGGGUGGUGGUUUGUGGAUCUUAUGCUAAGUGGGGAGGCUAAAUUAACUUGCAUGAAUAAGAGUAAAGAGCAUGGUUUCUUGGGUUUCAGGAAUUCCAAGAAUUCCUUCAUCACUUGGAUUGAUAAGGCCAAGGCUUACAAGAUUGUGCCUUAGUAUGUGUUGACCUGGUAUUUGUAAUGAAACUUAGCAUUUGUUUCUUCUGUUUAUGCAGUGGUUGUAAUGAAUAAGUAUGAACAAUUUGUUUCCGA